AUGUCAUCUAAAAAGCGAGCUAACAAUUGGGUCGAUGGACUCCGCGGGAUUGCAGCCCUAAUGGUCGUGACGUACCAUGUGUGCUCGAGCUUCGGAACAUGGCUCAAUUCACCAGCCAUGGAUGACAAGGGCACUGCAUCACUUUUCCAGUAUCCAUUUUUUCGACUUGUGGUCGGCGGUCGAUCUGCUCUCGCGCUAUUUUUUAUAAUUACUGGCUACGUGAAUUCUUUCAGGGCCAUAAAAGAGACUCGCGAGGGAGAUAUGGAGGGUGUUCUCACAAAUCUAUCCCGCAACACAUUUGGUCGAAUGGGCAGGCUUAUAGUGCCUACAAAUGCUGCUAUACUUUUAUCCUGGCUUGUCUGUCAAUUAAAUGGGCAUCGAAUCGCGAGGGUUGUCGACUCGGCUUGGAUUCAACGUGUUUCUUGUGCUCCAGGACCUAGCUUCGGAGCAUCUGUCGACAAAUUGGUUCGAAAUCUGACAUUAUUCUGGCAUAACGGCCAGUCUCCAUUUGAUGGCACCUACUGGACGAUUCCGUUCUUUCUGCAAGGCUCAAUGGUCGUCUAUCUAACGCUGCUCGCAACGACUUUUGCUCGACCACGAUACAGAAAGGGGAUCAUCGUUUUUCUUUACCUGUAUUCUUGGGCAGGUGGACAAUCUCUUGUGGAAACAAAUAUAUAUGCAGGCAUGUUCCUUGCCGAGCUGAAUGCUGACUUUGGACCUGAUGCCACCUCGGUCAUGCUCCGUGCUGUUUCAGCGCUCAUGGUAGUCUUCGGUUUAUUCCUCUCUUCAAUUCCGGAGGAAAAUGCGGACUGGAUGCCAUGGAGCCGAGUAAUUGUCUGGACUGCGAGCAUGAUCGUCCCCGCCGGUGGCGAAAUCAAUCGCUAUGUGGUGUCUGUAGGAACGACCAUGGUCAUGUAUGGAGUGUUCUUUUCCCCCGAUGCGAGACGCAUUCUCGCCCAUCCUGUGAUGAACUUCCUGGGCCGUAUCUCGUUUCCAGUGUAUCUGCUUCACAACACCCUGAUCCGCACAGUUUUGUCUUGGAUGGUCUACCGGCAUGACUUCAUGAUGCAGGGUUUGCACCCGGUGGAUGAAAAUGGAAACCCUAGAUGGCUAGCACGGGCGCACUUGUGGACGAUCCAUGUUGAUCCUCACUGUGAGAAAGUGGUGACUUGGAUGUCGAACCGGAUGCUUGGCAAUCAUGAGGAACAUACGGCCACAAAGGAAGUUCACAAGUGA